AUGCGUCGAUCGGCGAGCGCCUCCAUAGUUUCCGACCAAUUAUCAGCGAGCUCUCCGUCGCCAUCACCGUCUCCGCCGCGAAUUCAUAGCGCCAAAGAUUCGGAGGAUGUGCAGCUUCUUUUGCCUCGGUACGACCCAAACUCUCACCCCGGGAAGAAGGACAAAUCGCGACUCAGAUCCGCCGAGAACGCUAUACAUUUCAUUCCUCUCCUCCUCAUUCUCUGCGCCGUGAUUCUUUGGAUGUUUUCGAAUCCAGAGAUUACUUUUCCUCUGCUUCUACAUCUCUCUACACAGACAGCCUUUGAUGAGGAUCAACGUUAA